ACAACAUCGCGACAUCGCCAGGCAAAACUAAUCGGAUGGCUCGCACGCUGACAAUCGCCGCAAUCCUUGCGCUCGCCAUCACCGGGGCUUCUGCGUCCGCCCUGUAUUCCACCACACCUCAAGUUGACGGGAAAGUUUACAUCGAGGGAACUUGCAGUAAGACACUGACCGGUGGCGCGGAUUCCAUCACGGUCAAGUGGAGCGAUUUCACUGAACCCGCGGAUACGAUCGCCAUUAAGUUGUGCUUCCACAAAGACAAGAUCGUGGAUCGACCUUGGCGUAAGUUCAACGACAACAUCAACAAGAAUAAGCAGUGCUGGCAGACAGCUAAGCUGGCAAAGUUCCUGAAGGAGGGCAUCGUUUAUGAUUCCUCAGGCUCAGGCAGCGAACUCAUCGAGCUACCCAUGAACACCGCCCCGUCGACCUACUCUGUCCAGGUUCUUAGCCAGGCCGGUGGCACUUACAAGCAGUGGGGCGAUUCCAAGACGUAUACUCAGACCGCUGACAAGUGUGCUCACGUCACAACCGCCAUCUACGAAAACCAGCCCUCCACUCUUGUCGGAACCCAAGCGUUUUUCACCGUAUUUUCCAUCGUCGUCCUCAUUGUCUCGUACACCUACGAUCGCUCGAAGAAUUAGGAGAACGUUGUGACGUGGAAAUCAUGUUCUGCAUUUUUGAGCCUCUCGCGAGCAACGAGAGGUUGUCCCGGCUCUUGUCCUGGAAACAAGAUUUUUAAAGGGGCGGAGUGCGACGGGCACCGUUUCAGCUCUAGCGCGCACUUGACUCUAGCGAACCAUGUAAUUCAGCAGUAGUCGCCGUCCCAUUCUUUUGUAAAGAUACGUGGCGUACUUUUGCUCG